UUAUUUCUAUUUCAUUCCAUUCCAUUCCCCUAUAAACUAUUAUAAACUCACAAACGAAGCCUAAAGUGCUCCACUCUCCGCCUCUCGCCGCUCUGCUAUUUUACAAGCCAACAGAUCUCUCUCUUCCUCUCUCAGCUCAAAUCAUACGCACUGAGAUUAUCUGUAGAUGGCAAUGCAGGACGCAAGUCCCACCCUUUCUCCCAGUGCCCAAGUUGUUGGGAAUGCCUUUGUGGAGCAAUACUACCAUAUUCUUCACCAAUCCCCUAACUUGGUGCAUAGAUUUUAUCAGGAUACAAGUUUGCUAAGCCGGCCAGAUGCCAAUGGUAACAUGGCAACAGUGACAUCCAUGCAAGCAAUCAAUGAGAAGAUACUGGAUUUCAACUAUGACGACUAUACAGCAGAGAUAAAAACUGCAGAUGCUCAGGACUCGUAUGAGAAAGGGGUGAUUGUUUUAGUGACAGGAUGUUUGACUGGAAAGGACAAUUUGAGGAGGAAAUUCACUCAAACAUUUUUUCUCGCUCCUCAAGACAAAGGCUACUUUGUUUUAAAUGAUGUCUUUAGGUACAUUGAGGAAAAUGACCUGUUGCAAACCAAUUCUGUCGCUGUCCACAGCAUAAAUGAAAAUGUUCCUAUAGCUGCCUUGACACCAGGACCAGAGCCUGCUCAUGCUCCUGAGGUUCCUGCCGUUGAACCUGCGUCUUCUUUUGAGGAGGAAGAUAUUAUUGAAGUGGCUGAAGUUUGUGAUCCUUCAGAUAAUGAGGAAGGAUCAGUUGUUGAAGACGAGGUUAUUCAACCCCCAGCUCAUCCUACUCAGAACGAAAUUCUUAAAGAGGUUGAUUCCACAGUUGUUGAUUCAGCUCCUGCAGCUGAGGAGGAUGUCCCAAAGAAGUCUUAUGCGUCAAUUGUUAAGGUAAUGAAAGGAACAGUGCCUAAUUCAGCCCAUGCUUCCAUUAGAAAGUUGAGGGUGGAACCCACGUAUCCUGAUCAGCAGUCACACAGUUCCGCAAAACCUGCUCCUGCACCUGAGGCGUCAGCUCCUAAUAGUGACAGUGCCCCUGAAAGCAGUGAUGUUCCUGAGGAAGCUGAAGGUCACUCCAUAUAUGUGCGGAACUUACCUCACAAUGCAACAGAUACACAACUUGAGGAAGAGUUCAAAAAGUUUGGGCCUAUCAAGCAUGGGGGGAUCCAAGUUAGAAGUAACAAGCAGGGAUUCACUUUUGGCUUUGUCGAAUUUGAAACAAUCAGUUCAAUGCAUAGUGCGCUUGAGGCUUCACCUAUCACAAUUGGGGAUCGUCGGGCUGUUGUUGAGGAAAAGAGAACUACCACCCGAGUUGCAAGCAGUGGGAGAGGGAGGUAUUCUUCGGGAAGAGGUGGAUUUCGAAGUGAGAGUUUCAAGAUCCGUGGGAAUUUUGGUGGUGCCCGAGCUUACAGCAGGAAUGAAUUCAGAAACCAGGGUGAGUUUUCAGGCCGACCGAGGGGUUCAAUUGGUCGCAAUGGAGAAGGUCAUCAGCGGGCUAAUCAGAAUGGCAGUGGAAGGGGUGGGCGUCAAGGUGGCGUGAACCGUAAUGCUGCUGCUUGAACAUUGAAGAAAGUGGUUGAUAGAUGAUUUUUUGACAGUUACAAUGAGGGGCUCUAGAUAUUCAGGUUUUCAAUUUCCCAAUCCCAAAUGUUAAUGAAAGCAUUAUUAUGAUUUUUCUUUCUUCCACUAUUCCAUAAAGCUUACUUGAGACAUGAAAAGGCGUUUCGGUGUGAUGAUGUAUCCUAUCAUAAAGCAUGUUUGUUUUGUAACUUUAAAUCUCUGUAUUCGACCCUUCACAUGCAUAAAACUUUGCAUCUGCAGCUGAUUUCAAGCUGCUCAAGUUGAUGUAAAAUUUUGGGAACAAUAAAAUUGGGAUUUUUAUUGAA